GAAAUAUGUAAAUAAAGAGAGAUUAUUAUGAAAUUCUUGGUUUAGAAUAAAAUUGUGAUUAAGAAUAAAUAAAGAAGGCAUAUAGGAAUAUGGCAUUGAAAUGUCAUCCAGAUAAAAAUUAAGCAGAAGAUGCAAAGUAGGUGUUUUAAGAAAUUUAAGAAGCUUAUUCUGUACUUUCGGAUCCUAAUGAAAGAACUUGGUAUGAUAAUCAUAAAUAGUAAAUUUUGAAUCCAGAUCUUGAUAAGGCUGAUCUAGAAACUAUGGAAGGAUUUGGAUUUAAUAUUUGGCAUUAUUUUUCUCCACAUUAUUUUGGUUUUGGUGAUGAUUAAUAAGGUAUGAUAAUAUAUUAUAUUUUUUAAAGGGUUUUAUGCAUUUUAUAGAGAAGCUUUUGAAAAAAUAAAAUUUGAAGAAGAAUCAGCUUUUAAUAAUAAAUAAUUGGAUUCUGAAGAAGAAGAUUCUAAUACAGAAUUUGAAAAACUUCCUGGAUUUGGUGCUUCAAAUACAUCUAUAGAUUAAGUACUUAAAUUUUAUAUAAAAUGGGAAAAUUUUACAACUUAUAAAUAAUUUGCUUAUGCAGAUAAGUAUAAUCCAAAAGAUGCUCCUAAUAGAUGGGUUAAAAGAGCAAUUAUUAAAGAUAAUAAAGUUGAAAGAAGGGAAGAAAAGAAAAAGUAUUUAAAAACCAUCAAAAAAUUAGUAGAAACAGUUAAAAAUAAAGAUCCAAGAUAUAAGGAAUAUUUAGAAUAGUUAAAAAAAGAAUAAAUUAUUAAAGAAUAGUAAAAGAAGAAAUAGAAAGAAUAAGAUAAAAUACAUAUGCAAGAAAUUUUAAAAUAGGCUAGACUUGAAGAAUAGGAAAGGUUUAGAGAAAAUGAAGAAUAUUUUAAAUAACGUUAGCAGUUUUAAGUUAUUACUGAAAAAUAAGAAAAAUCUUCUGAUGUAUUCUUUUGUGAGGUUUGUGAUAAAGAAUUUAAAUCAGAAUCAUAAUUUAAAAAUCAUUAAAAUUCAAAGAUGCAUAAAUCUAACUUAAAAGAUAUAAUAUCUUAGAUUACUGUUGAUAAGAGAGAAUAAGAAGAAUUAUUAAAAUAAAAUGGAGUUACUGUUGUUAAUGCUUAAGAUUUAGAAGAAACUUAAAAAUUAAUUUAAGAAUAAAUCAAUAAAGAAUUAGAAAGAGAAUAAUUAAAAUAAUAAAAAUAAGUUGAAUAGUAGAUUAAACAAAAGGAAAAGAAAAAAAAUAAAAAUAAAAAAAAGAAAUCUUAAUAAUAAUAAAAAUAAUAAGAUUAAAAAGAAGAAAAUAAUAGUAGUUCUGAAGAUGCUAUUGAAAAAGAUUAAAAAAAUUAAGAAAAUGAAUAUGUAAACAGUGAGGAUGAAGAUCAAUUUAAAUAAUUGCUAAAAAAUAAGAAAACAAAUUAAAUCAAUUAACAGUAAACUAUUAAAAAGUCUACUAAUCAAAAAUAAGAAGAUUUUGAAAAACAAUAAAUAGAUUCCAAAUUUUUAAUUGAAAAUAACGAAUCUGAAGAUGAAAAACUUUGUAAUCAAGAUAAUUAAAAAGGAACUAAAGAAGAUGAACCAAAAUAGCUUAAUAAAGCUAAAUUAAAAAAAUUAAAAAAAAAAGAAAAAGAAAAAUAAAAUGAAUAAGAAAAAUUUAAAUGUAAUGUUUGUUCAGAGAUUUUCCAAUCUAAAACAAAAUUAUUUUAACAUUUAAAUGAAUCUGGUCAUUAAAAAGCAAAAUGAUUUUAAUUUGUGUUUUCGAUUUUAAUUCAAGAUAAUUAUUAUAUUGCUUUAUAAUAGAUCUCAUUUCUAAAUAAUUUUUAAUCACUUAUAUUUAUUAUAAUUAUAUAUUCCANUAAGGAAUAUUUAGAAUAGUUAAAAAAAGAAUAAAUUAUUAAAGAAUAGUAAAAGAAGAAAUAGAAAGAAUAAGAUAAAAUACAUAUGCAAGAAAUUUUAAAAUAGGCUAGACUUGAAGAAUAGGAAAGGUUUAGAGAAAAUGAAGAAUAUUUUAAAUAACGUUAGCAGUUUUAAGUUAUUACUGAAAAAUAAGAAAAAUCUUCUGAUGUAUUCUUUUGUGAGGUUUGUGAUAAAGAAUUUAAAUCAGAAUCAUAAUUUAAAAAUCAUUAAAAUUCAAAGAUGCAUAAAUCUAACUUAAAAGAUAUAAUAUCUUAGAUUACUGUUGAUAAGAGAGAAUAAGAAGAAUUAUUAAAAUAAAAUGGAGUUACUGUUGUUAAUGCUUAAGAUUUAGAAGAAACUUAAAAAUUAAUUUAAGAAUAAAUCAAUAAAGAAUUAGAAAGAGAAUAAUUAAAAUAAUAAAAAUAAGUUGAAUAGUAGAUUAAACAAAAGGAAAAGAAAAAAAAUAAAAAUAAAAAAAAGAAAUCUUAAUAAUAAUAAAAAUAAUAAGAUUAAAAAGAAGAAAAUAAUAGUAGUUCUGAAGAUGCUAUUGAAAAAGAUUAAAAAAAUUAAGAAAAUGAAUAUGUAAACAGUGAGGAUGAAGAUCAAUUUAAAUAAUUGCUAAAAAAUAAGAAAACAAAUUAAAUCAAUUAACAGUAAACUAUUAAAAAGUCUACUAAUCAAAAAUAAGAAGAUUUUGAAAAACAAUAAAUAGAUUCCAAAUUUUUAAUUGAAAAUAACGAAUCUGAAGAUGAAAAACUUUGUAAUCAAGAUAAUUAAAAAGGAACUAAAGAAGAUGAACCAAAAUAGCUUAAUAAAGCUAAAUUAAAAAAAUUAAAAAAAAAAGAAAAAGAAAAAUAAAAUGAAUAAGAAAAAUUUAAAUGUAAUGUUUGUUCAGAGAUUUUCCAAUCUAAAACAAAAUUAUUUUAACAUUUAAAUGAAUCUGGUCAUUAAAAAGCAAAAUGA